AACGGAUUCCAGAUACAGGCACGAACGCAGACAAGCUUCCCACGAAGGUAGCAGUUGCCACGCUCAACCGCGAGUUGGAUAUAUUCUAGAAUAACUGUUAAUUUAAUCCUUCCAAUGAAAUUCAGACAAUAGACAGAUCCAUCCCAUGAUCCUCGCGAGUCCCAUGUUUGUCAAAUUCACCUUAUAAAAGUCAAACUUCUCAAUUAUUUCAAAACUCCCUCGCUAGAGAGAGAGAGAGAGAGAGAGAGAGAGAGACUUCUCCGUCCAAUGUUGUCCCCUUCACAAUUUUUUAUGGGUGAGUACAUCAUCUGUGCAUCCGCAAAUAUACAAAUCGUUUGAAUAUUCUUUAAGGGGAAUGCCGGAUGUGUCCUGGGGACUUUGAGGUCAAGUGCGUCUCUGGUGGAUGCCCCACUCCCAGAUCCGCCAUGGUUGCGAGCUACGAACCUGUCCCAGUUUUGUUUUGAAGGAGUUGAUUGAUGGGCCUUGUUCGGACAUCGUGAUAGUGUUGUCUUCUUCAAUCUCCACCUCUUUUUCCCACGCAUCAGGAAGCCAUGAAAACAAAAAGGAUUUUUGGGAUAUCUCUUUCUCUCAUUCUCAUCAAUUUAGCCUCUAUAAUGGAGCGUGCUGAUGAAAAUCUCCUCCCAUCUGUUUACAAAGAAGUCAGUGAAGCUUUCAGUGCUGGUCCAUCUGAUCUGGGGUAUCUUACAUUCAUACGGAACUUCAUACAGGGGAUAUCAUCGCCCUUGGCAGGUGUACUGGUUAUUAGCUAUGACCGUCCUACAGUGCUUGCAAUGGGCACGGUGUGCUGGGCCUUAUCGACAGCUGCAGUGGGUGCUUCCCAGCAUUUUCUGCAAGUUGCUUUUUGGAGAGCAGUUAAUGGAUUUGGACUUGCGAUUGUCAUACCAGCACUCCAAUCUUUUAUUGCGGAUAGCUAUAAGGAUGGGGUGAGGGGGACUGGAUUUGGUUUACUCAACCUUAUUGGUUCCUUGGGUGGAAUAGGAGGUGGUGUCCUGGCAACCGUUAUGGCAGGUCAGCAAUUUUGGGGAAUACCUGGAUGGCGUUGUGCUUUCGUUAUGAUGGCAACAUUGAGUGCACUAAUCGGCUUCCUAGUAUUUUUGUUUGUUAUUGACCCAAGAAGAACAAGUAGCAUUACUUAUGAUGUUGGGGAUGAUUCUGAUAGGGCUGAUUUAAUUGAUAAAAGCAAUUCCAGGACCAAAUCACUUUGGUUGGAGUCUUGGACGGCUAUGAAAUCUGUUAUGAAAGUGCGAACAUUCCAGAUCAUUGUCCUGCAGGGCAUUGUUGGUUCACUUCCAUGGACUGCCAUGGUGUUCUUUACCAUGUGGUUCGAACUAAUUGGCUUUGAUCAUAAUAGUGCAGCAGGCCUCCUAAGUCUUUUUGCCAUUGGAUGUGCCAUGGGUUCCCUCCUUGGUGGAUUGAUAGCAGAUCGAAUGUCAAACAUCUACCCGCACUCUGGCCGUAUCAUGUGUGCACAAUUCAGUGCCUUCAUGGGCAUCCCAUUCUCAGUAUUCCUACUUACAUUGAUCCCGCAGUCUGUUGGCAGUUGGUCCACAUUUGCUGUCACCCUCUUUUUCAUGGGCCUAACUAUUAGCUGGAACGCUACUGCUGCAAAUGGCCCAAUGUUUGCUGAAGUCGUCCCUGUCAAACACCGGACCAUGAUCUAUGCAUUUGAUCGUGCUUUUGAAGGAUCCUUCUCAUCUUUUGCUGCUCCUAUGGUGGGGAUUCUUUCAGAGAAAAUAUAUGGCUAUGAUCCAAAGUCUGUCGAUCCAGUUUCAGGGUCUGUGCAAGAAGCUUUUGCACUGUCAAGAGGACUUCUUUCAAUGAUGGCAGUUCCAUUUGGCUUAUGUUGCCUGUUUUACACACCGCUGUAUUUCAUUUUCAGGAGGGACCGUGACAAUGCUAAAAUGGCCAGUGUGAAAGAGCAAGAGCAGACAUGAGAAGAUCCUCGUUUAGGUUGCAUAAUUGUUAAAUCUUCCGAGAAGCUCUACUGAUGUUUUUGCAGAGUCAAUCAAAUUCCUCCAUUGAACAGUAUAAUCUGGGGGAUUUAGCUCUGCAGCGUUUGCUGUCUCUUCUUCAAGCAAUUUGGUAAAGAGAGAUUUAAAACCAGCCUGAUCUGAUGUAAAAAAUUCUUCUAUAAAAGAGUCUUUUCCCCGUUGACAUUAA